AUGACAAAAUUCUUCGAAAACAAAUCAAUAUUGGUGACUGGUGGUUGUUCAGGAAUUGGGCGUGGAACGGCCAUUGAACUAUGGCGACUCGGUGCUAACGUAACUGCCUUAUCCCACCAAGAGGACAAUCUGAUAAAACUUAAAAAUGAGUAUCCCUCUAUUGAAAUUGCGUGUGUGGAUCUUCGGGACUGGGAUACAACUCGAGAAGUUGUCAAGUCUCUCGGGGAAUUUCAUGGUUUAGUAAACUGCGCCGGGUUUAUAGAAAAUCAACCACUAUUAGACUGUUCUCCCGAUAUUUUUGAUCAGACAAUGCAAGUAAAUGUAAAAGCCAUAUUGAACAUUACUCAAAUCGUUGCCAAGAAGAUGAUAACGAACAAAAUUAAAGGUUCCAUAGUAAAUAUAUCAUCUCAAGGAUCAAUGGCCGCCCUGAAAGACCAUUUGGCGUAUUGCACUUCAAAAGGAGCUUUGGACGCGAUGACUCGAGUCAUGGCUUUGGAGCUGGGGCCAUGCGGUAUUCGUGUCAAUACUAUAAACCCUACAGUCAUUAUGACAGAUCUAGGCAGAAGGGCUUGGGCAGAUCCGGUAAAGGCACAAACGAUGCUGUCAAAAAUACCGCUAGGAAGGUUCGGAGAAGUAGAAGAAGCCGUGAACGCUAUAAUCUUCCUUCUCAGCGAUAAGGCGAGUAUGAUUAAUGGUGUCAACUUGCCUGUCGACGGAGGCUUUUUAGCUACUUAA